AUGGCAAAAAUAGAGUAUAUAAGUGUAGAAGGAUUGAGGGUUGACGGGAGAAGACCCGCGGAGGUGCGCAAUAUCGAAAUACUCUGCGGCCCGGAAUGCGGGGUGGACGUCAGCAACUACGACGGAGUCUCCCAGGUUACGCAGGGACUGACUAAGGCUCAGGCUUUUGUCAAAGGGCCGACUGAUGUAGGACGGAACAAACAACGGAGUCAACUCGAAGCAUCAGACAGCCCGGUAGAAAUACAAUGCGAGGUGGUAAUGCCCUGCGAAAAAAGGGCCACGGGCAAUAAAAUGGAUCACCAAUCUGCCGACAUCGCACAAACCGUGAUUGCAACUUUUGAGAGGAUCGUCUUAUCACACUUCUACAAAAACUCGGUCAUACACAUCUUCGUCAACGUUCUAGAAAACGAUGGUGGCGUCAAAGCGACUGUCAUCAACGCCGUGCUAGUCGCGCUGGUACACGCGGGAAUAGCGAUGAGGGAUCUCAUUGUAGCCUGCACGGCAGCCAUGCUCAAUAGACAGCUGCUAAUAGAUCCCAAUCAGCUGGAAUUGAAUGCCUCUAUUAUGGAACUGACCCUUGCUGCUUCCGUGUCCAAGGAAGAGAUCAUAUAUCUCGAUCUUAAGUCUAAACACGCUAUUAAGUCAGUCGAAGAAAUCAUUCUGAACACUAUACAAGCUUCCAAGCAGUUCAGCAUCCUGGCGAAGACAAAGCUCAAAAAGUACGCUCGCGAUUAUCUAGAACUCAACAGCGCCGUGCACGUCUGA